AUGACUAGCAAGCCUUUGCCCAGGGCUGCUGCUGGUCCAAAUGGCCUUCCUAAACAAAGGGCCGGUCUCACAAGUAUCGAUGCGCCUCGCCGACCCAACACACCAAGCAAUGUUUUUGCUUCGCUCAAGGUCACUCAGAUUCUCACCUUGAAGCCUGUCUUACCUGCUGGUCAAACCUCCUGA